AAGCGUAUCAGAAACAAAUUGGCUGUGGGAAGGAGGAAAUUAAUAUCACCAAUAUCAGCGAAUGAACAGAUGCAUGAUCACUACCGGAAAGUCACACAAUCAGGGUCCGUCCGUGUCUUAACUGUUGCGCGACCUCCCGUGCUUCGUUCUAUUCCUGAUUGAUCGAAUCUGCUGCAAGAAAGGGCCCGUCGUCAGCAUUUGCAGCCAUAGCUUCUUAAGGGCGGAGUGGAGUUGGCCUCCAGGGGCGGCGAUCCGACCUCUUAAGUACGCCCCUUGCGUCGCAGUAUGUUCGAGUGCGAAAGCCCCCAAUCAAUGAGCCCACACAAGAUUCUCUCGAUUCAACAUCGCCUCUCUAAUAUCGCCAUUUUGAGUUGCAUUGCAUUGCAUUGCAUUGGCGUUGGGUACUCAUUCCUGAUCCUGACCUAUGGUGGCGUGCAAAGGCUAUACCAUCUGGGAUUUUCGCAUCAGCAGCACCAACCCCACGUACUCGUGCACGACACCGCCCAUCCUUCCACUUUGGUCCAACGGCGGUGGCUUUCUGGGGAAGAUGGGCCCUUCGACGAGGGGGGUGAGACCAGGCCCGGGCUUUUCCAGUCGUCCAUUCUCAACUACGUCAUUUUAUUGAUUCUCCCAGGCGCUGUACUACCAGCGCACUAUUGGCUGGAAAUCAAGAUUCAUGGGGGAUCUCCAACUGACAUCUGAGGUCCUGAGUUUGUACCUGGUCGAACGCCGCCAGAAACUUCUCAACCUCGAGUCACAAAGGGAACAAACCCUAUGUCCUAGAAGAG